CAUAGUGGAGAAGCGGUGUCCAAUCUGGCAACCGUAUUCAUGCUACACUACACAGGCUCCUGUCGACAUCUCUCCACCAUCUCAGAUCACUGCUGUAACAUCGCACUUCUGUGCAUUUAAACCGUCUUUGCGUUCCAAAUGCAAGCCAUCAAAUGCGUCGUGGUCGGCGAUGGAGCCGUGGGUAAGACAUGCCUGCUCAUCAGCUACACCACCAACGCUUUCCCAGGAGAAUAUAUCCCUACAGUGUUUGAUAAUUACUCUGCCAAUGUGAUGGUGGAUGGGAAACCUGUGAACCUGGGAUUAUGGGAUACGGCGGGGCAGGAGGACUACGACCGUCUCCGACCGCUCUCCUACCCUCAGACGGAUGUGUUUUUGAUCUGCUUCUCACUGGUGAGCCCGGCUUCGUUUGAAAAUGUCAGAGCAAAGUGGUAUCCUGAAGUGCGUCACCACUGUCCCAACACACCCAUCAUUCUGGUGGGAACCAAGCUGGACCUGCGAGACGAUAAGGACACCAUCGAGCGCCUGAGAGACAAAAAGCUGUCCCCUAUCACCUAUCCUCAGGGUCUCGCCAUGGCCAGAGAGAUCGGAGCAGUGAAGUAUCUGGAGUGUUCGGCUCUGACUCAGAGAGGGCUGAAGACGGUGUUCGACGAGGCCAUCCGCGCCGUCCUCUGCCCUCCGCCUGUCAAGAAGAGAGGGAAGAAGUGUACAGUGUUUUAAAAAAGAACACACACACAAACACACACACACUCACUCACACAGAGUGCGGAGUGUUUCACUUCAACACACAGUCAUCAUACUGAGUUCCUACCGGCCGAUUUUGGAGAGACGGAGUAAAAACGUGACAGGUGAACCAUCACACACUGGAGUUUUAGAUAUAGCGCAGCGGGAUAAAAAUAGCGAAAGGCACAAACACGGGAUUGUGCCAAAUUCCCUCUCAUCCCUAUUUCUGAACUCGAUUGCCUUAAUUGGUGCUUAAUUUGUGGUAAUGAGAAGGUCCUUGAUAUACGCACCUUGCAUGCGCUAAUAUUUGGUUUUGUGAAAUAUGAUAUUUAACACACACUAUUUUGCAUUGUGGACAAAUUAAAUUAAACUAUUAUUUCAAGGCUAAGUGUCGCAUAUGUGUCCAUAAUUACAAAAAAGAAAAGUCCAAAAAUGAAGAAAAUAUUGUAGAAAAUUCGUUUAAAAAACAAACAAACAAACAAACAAAGACGUAACGAAAAGUUAAACAAUUGAUAAGCUUGAAUACAGGCACACGUGCAGGGGUUUCAGAGUUAAAUGGGCGGAGUUAUAUUAAGUUAUAUUUGAUGAUUCAGUUGCAAACUUGAUCACAUGACAUCAUCAUAAAAGUUUACCGAAACUUGGGCUAGCUUACUAUCGAAUACUACUGGCUUUGUUUGCACAAUAAAAUAUCUAGCAUAAAAAUGACUUGGUUAGCUACGUAACAUCAGGUAGCUACUGCUAGUUUGCUAAUGUUUUAGCAGUGUUCACAUAGCUGGUAAAAUGUUAUAUCAUUUUUAAAUCAGUUUAUUAUAUUUUAAAUCGGUAUGUAAAAAAAGAAACUAAAAAAAAAAUUAAAAAAUCAAUAAAUAAAUAGUGAUGCCGUUUUAUAAAGUGCAGUAAUAAGCUCCGCCCCACAUUGACCCAGAGACGCCUGUCGCUCUGAAAAAUCAGGAUGCGCGAAUGUCCAAUACACACACUGUCCCCUGUACACGUUUCCUGAAUUCCUCUGUGGAGAUUUUCCUCAUCACUAACACUUUUAACACUUUUGGGUGUCAAUGUGGGCAUCUUUUUUUUUUCUUUUUUUUCUCCUUCUUCUUUCCUUAUUGAUCUGUGAACGUGUCUGAAGUCUGUGUAAAUAGAUAUUGUGAAUAACUUGAGGACCGAAUUGACGCCUUCUCUCGUUCUUGACUGUAAAGUACAUUGAAAAAAAAAAACAACAAAAAAAAACGAUCACCUACUGAAUACAGCUCUUUUCAUUUCUGUGUUUGUGUGACUACUGUACGUGAUGGCGUUUUGCAGCACAAGAACAAACGAAAGAGUAAUUACUAAAAUGUGUAUAUUUAAAGUCAGUCGGUGUCUGAAGCUCAGCCGGGGUAUCAAAUUUACAGAAAAACGUUGGCCAAAAAUUAAACGUGCACAGUUUUUUCCACUUGGCGCAAAUGUAGCUGUGUUUUCAUUCAUUCUGCACUGGAGCUACGAAGGCUAAUCCGCUAACAAGUAAUCUGUGUUUCGUUUAGCGUUAUGAAAACCACAAAGAUCACACACUGGCCUCAAAAUGGCUUUGGAGAGUUGUUUAGUAUGUGAAAUAAUAGAUUUACUGAUGUGCUUUCUGACACCGUAUUACACACUGUAAGCCAGAAGAAUUCUUUCACAGAUCUAAAAAAACAAAACAAAACAACAACAGUCGGCCAUUUUGAAAGUGGAAUCACUUUUCUUUUUUUUCAGCACAAAUGUCUUUUGGGAAUUUGUCCUUUAAACAUGACACACUUGCUGUUUAAGUGGUUAAAGUUGGCUAACAGUGUUGCUUAGCAACAGGGGGCACUGAUUACAAGCUAGCUAAUUAUUGAGUCAUGACUGACUAGCUAGCAAGUUGUUGGGAAGUCUUUUAUGUGGACAAUGUGAAGUCGUAGUGAAUGGGAUAAUGAGUAAAAUAAUGUCAGGAAUGUCAACUUUUACCUCAGAUUUGUUGGUAAAUUAUUAAGAAAGUGCUCCAAACUAAUAAAAUGACACCUUUUGCUAGUUAGCACAUUAGCGUUGUAGCUCCAUUGCAAAACUGAAGCAAACAUCAGACAUCAAACAUCUUGGCUGAUUUGGUGUGAGGUGGAGACUGUGUACAUUUCACUUUUAGCCAAAGUUUUCUUUUUUUGCAAGUUCUUUACAUUACAGUAUUGUAUGCAUAUUUAAUUAACGUCUAUUUUUUUUCUUUCUUUUUUUUUUUUUUUUGUAAACAGGAACUUGUUUCCGUCCUUUUGAAUUUUGCUCAUAUUUUGCAGUAUACUAGCUGAAAUGUGCCAUCGUGGAUUGUUUUCGUGUGGCUAGCAUGCCAAAUUUUCAACUUUAGACAAUAUAUGCGUCUAACUUUGUUUCUACCUUUUUGCCUUUUAGUUUUACUGAGAGUAUGAUUUGAUGAUUUGUUUGUGCGUGCGUACGUGCGUGCGUGUGUGUAUAUGAGCGAGCAAAAUUGUUAGACGUAAAAAAAAAUAUAUAUAUACCGUGUGUGUUUCGGUGUUACAACAUGAUGGUGGAUUUCCACCUUAACCUUACAGUUGGCUUCUGUAGACACAAUAACAAUCAGAACCCCUUUUGAAUUGUUACUAAAAUGAAUCUCUUGUGUGUAUGAUAUGAGUUUAAAACAUACGCAUUAAUAAAAUUGAGUCUUGAAUGUA